AUGUCCGCCGACUUUUGGGCCGGCUACGUAUCCGGAGCGGCUGGCAUAAUAAUCGGCAACCCCCUCGACAUUGUCAAAGUAAACCUACAGCGAGGAGACAGAGGAGCACCGUUACUCGCACCAACUCCAGCACAAACAACACCACCAAUCCUACCAACUCCCUCAACAGCAACACCACCAACCUCGCAAACAACCAAUGCAGCCAAAAACCUCUCUACCUUACUCAAAGGCACCGCUGCCCCGAUCCUCGGCUAUGGCGCCCUCAACGCCCUAAUGUUCAUAACCUACAAUCGUUGUAUGGAGACUUUGCAUCAAGACCCUGCUCGUCCUACUUCUCUUUCCAAGACCUGGCUUGCUGGUGCUUUGGGAGGGUUGGCCACUUUCCUCGUUUCUGCACCUACAGAAUUGAUAAAGUGCAGAGCGCAGGUCAGUGGUACAGAACACAGUUCUUGGCACAUAGCAAAGGAGCUGUGGAAGGAGAGAGGGUUGAGGGGUUUGUACUGGGGUGGUGCGGUCACGAGUGUGAGGGAUAGUGUGGGUUAUGGGUUCUAUUUUUGGUCAUAUGAGCUGAGCAAGAGAGUCUUGAUCUCGGAAACUCCGGAUGCGGAAAAGCCAGAAUGGAUGACCAUCCUGCUCUGUGGUGGUAUCGCAGGCGUGGUAACUUGGGCGUCUGUAUUUCCAUUAGACGUCAUCAAGACCAGAGUGCAGACGCAAGGCAUUUCGAGGCCUCCGGUUGGCAUGAUCUCUAGUGAGCAGUCUGAGUUGCUUCUGCCUAGAGACUCGGGUCGAUUGAGUACUGUGCAGGUAGCAAGACAAGCCUAUCGAGAAGAAGGCUUAUCUGUCUUCUUUCGCGGGUUGGGUGUCUGCAGUUUCAGAGCUUUCUUUGUCAAUGCUGUACAAUGGGCAGUGUACGAAUGGAUGAUGCACAUCUUACUACCCUCAAAGGCUGGGCAAAACUCAAACAAACACGACUAG